CAUUUUAAGCAUUCUAGUUUCAUAUUAUUUUAGAGACAAUUCCAAGUGUUUUCAUUUGUCUUACUUGGAAAUGCAUGUACGUUAUAGGUCUUUGAAAUAUUCCCUGAAGUUUAUGAUAGAUUAAAUAUUGGAUGAAAACAAACUGAAGUUUAUUCUCUUGUGGUAUGAGAUAGGGUCUAAAUUAAAAAAAGUAAUUGCCUGAGCAUUGUCUAUUGAACAGUUGAUCUUUUCCCACUGAUUUUAAAUGGCACCUUGAUUAUAUGUUAAAUUUAUUUUAAUUCAUGUGUGUGUUAGUGGGCUUUCCAUUCAGCUGCACUGAUUUUUAUGCUUUUCUAUCAAUCCAAAAUAUUUUACUUGCAGUGUCUCUAUAGUAUGUUUUAAUGAUCUCGUAGGGUAAGUCAUCACGGUCAAUGUUCUUUUUAGAAAUUCUCCUAGCUGCUCUCAGGCAUUUGUUUUUCCAUGUUGAAUUUAGAAUUGGGAAUGAGAAUUGAUUACUUGCAUUGAAUUUCCAUAUAGAUUUUUAAGGAGUUGAUAUUACUACCAUGUUGAAUUUUUCCAUUCAGGGACAUGUCUCCAGCACUAUUUUCUUCCCCUGAUGGCUCACCUCUCUGUCAUAGGACAUCAGAUUUUAGAAAAGUAUGCCUUUGUAGGUGCCCUCCGUCAAGAGCAAAUCAUAUUGAGGGGUGUUGAAUUAACCAAAUGUAUCCUAUUAAGUAACUUUCUUUGUCAUUGUGGUUUUCAAAGUGUGAUCCCUGAUCAGCAGUGUAUCCACUGGAACUUAAUAGAAAUGCAGAUUCUCAGACCCACUUCAGACCUACUUAAUCAGAAAGUCUGGAGAAGGAGCCCAGCGAUCUGUUUUGCAUGGGAAAGGCUGAGAACCUCUGGUGUAGUGUAUAGGGCAUAGGCAUUGGAGUCAUAUGGUAUAAAAUCCUGUUUUAACCCUUUACUACAGUGUAUUUUGCAUAAGUUACUUUUAUAUUUGUCUUAAUAUCCUCAUCUGUAAUAUGGGCUGUUACAAGAAUCAUCUGUAUCAUAAACAAGGAGUGUAGAUACUGAGUAGCUGUGAUUGUUUCUAAUAAGCAAGGGCUGAAGUAGUGCACAAAAUAAGUAUUAGAUAGUAGUGGUGGUGUCUAGGGUAAUGGAGGGAAAGGUCUGGAAAGCAAGGGGUGUUGCUGGUUUUGAUGGGUUCUAGAUAAUGGGUGAUGCCAAGAAGGGCAUAAAAAUAACCUGGUAUGGGACGGUGAGAAUAAACAUUUUCAGUCUUGUUCAUGGUUGGCACCUUUUAAGUGGGCAGACACACAAUGGCAUACUAUUAGUGAAAUCCCUGAAUUUCCUGUUAACAAUAGGUGGAGGAUUAAAUUGUUGCAGUUCCAUUGUUAUAUUGAAUGAAAUUAAAGACUGUUAUAUUUCUCUAGUUUUAAAAAAUUAUCAUAACAAAUUUUUAAGAAAUUGAGGGAAGGGUAACUAGAAUAUGCAAAUGAAAUAAGGGCUAAUAUCUUCAUUCAAAUGGUAAAGAUUAAAAUGAAAAUGUAAAUACAAAAAACCUUAUCCGUUAUUGGCAAACUAGAAAAAUGUUAAUUUACUCAACAUAUUGAUAAAUUACUUUAUGCCAGAAACUGGGCUCUAAGUAGAGGGUAUAAAAUGAUGAGUAAGUUUUAAAUGUGGCUCAUGAGUGGUUCACAAUUGGGUGGUAGAAAUAGCCAAGUGAUGUGAGACUAUCAAUUGCAAGGCUAGGAAUAAAGACAGACGUGGAUGGCUGUGAGAGUCUCAAGGCUUCCUGGAAGAGGGAACUCUUGAGCUGAUCUUGAAAGACAAGUACAUCCAGGAGAAGUAUGUAGAAAAUGCUAUAGGAACUCAUUCAGUGAUUAGUUCUGCUUGAAGGCACCAAGACUCUUACAGCAUAUGUGACUUGAAGGUUGAAUGGGAGUUGCCGAGCCAGAAAAAACGACAGAUAUUCUAAAUGAAGACCUCAACACACCAGAGUGACCUGAAUAUUGUGGAAUGUGGAGUAGUCUGGUGUGAGUAGAGCAUAUGGACUGGGCAGGGGCAGGUGAGGCUAGAGGUGAAGUUGGGCCCAAUUGCGCAAGUUCUCCUAAGGUUAUGGUAGAUUGAAAGACUUCUCAUUUUAAUAUUUAGAUUUGUUUUUGGUAAAAGUAUUUUAUCUCAGUUGUUGCUAGGUCUUCAUCUUUCUUUCCUUUUUUUUUUGGUAACCUAUGUCAUUACACUCAUAUCAGAUAGGGAAUUUAGGUUAGGAGUUCAGAAAAACAUUUCUGUUACAAGUUCAUGUUCAUAUAACACAGUUUUAGUUUGGGUCCUAUUCAGCCUUUCUCAAUAUUAAAGACUUUCAACCUAUGGGUGCGAAAGUUCAUUAGUUAAUUCAGACAAAGCCUCUUCCACCAGUUGGUGUGGCCUGGAAUUAUUCUUGCCUCCUGAAGCUUCCUUGUUAAGUGUGCUCUCAACAUCCAUAUAUCCAGGACUUUCCCCACUGAGCCCCUGGAUGUUUCUUAUGCUGCACUGGAGUCCUGUCCUAAACUUUUGGUCAUUUGGCUGGGCCCUGACUCCCUGGCUAGCUAAUUUUUUCCCCUUGUGGCCUGGAUUUCUGUGGCCUCAGUAAGCAGUUGUGAGCCUGCUGUGAAUCAGAGAGACCAUUGGGAAUCUUGACCACACCCCUAACCUGACUUAUACAUAUACCACAAGUGCCUUGAGAGCUUGGCUGUUAUUUCAUCCACCAGCUGACACCCCUUUAAUAUAGCAUAGGUACCCCUUAAAACCAAUAUUGAACCUAUUCUUAGCAACUGUUGGGGGUUAUUGUGACUUUAGGUUACACAUGACUGGUCAGGCCCUCUUGUCUCAGCCCCACUCAGCCUGCUAUUAACUUUUACUCCAAGUAGAGGAAAUGUAUUUGUAUAUUAUAAGAAUUACAAAUUGCUAAAUCCUGUGGGCUCUUGCAGUAUAAUGUCUUUUCUUAUUUCCAUUUUUUGAUGUCCUAGUGUAGGCUUGGACUGUUUUGAUGGCUCCUUCUUACCCUUAGUUUUUAUUUUUUAAGAUUUAAUAUACUACAGGGAUAUUUCCAAGCCAUGAGUCAAUUCAUUUCAAGCUCCCCUGCUCUCCCCCAAAAUAAUGUUUGCUACCUGUACAAUAAAGGCCAGACUCUGUGGUAGGCAUUGAGAAUGCAUGGAUGCCUGGUCCUAACUUUCCUUUCGGGUCUUGGCUCCUACCUACAUUCUUUUCAGACCUGGGAGACAGCCUGUGACAUCUCCUGAAUACUGGGGAGUUUCAACCUCCUUGUUUUUCUCUAGUGUUUCUUCAUUGUGGAAUUCUACUGGCCCACCUCACUGCCCAGAGGAAUCCACACAUUUUUCAAGGCCCAGUUCCAAAUUCCACCUUCUUCUUGAAGCUUUUAUAGAUCCUCGAGCCAGAUGCAUUUUUUUCUUGCCUUUGCUUUCAUGGUACUUUGCCUCUAACUCUGCCAGAGCAUGUAUGACUGUCUAUCUUCUAUUUUUGUUUUGUUUAUAAGCUUGUUUUCUCAAGUUGUAAGCUUUUUAAGAGUGAGAUUUAGUUAUCUUUUUAUCCAUGGUAGCACUCCCUCACAUUAUUUUGUCCAUUUGGGUUUUCAAUAAAUGCUUUGUUUGUGUUAGGAUUUUGAUGGUCUAAGAAACUUUGGUUUUUACAAAAAGGGGUGCAGUGGAGGAAUAGAGGAUUUGGGUGAAUGCUUGAGGCUGUGUGAGAAGGAAUGGUUUGGGAAGGGACACUCUCCAUGGACCUUUAACUAGUUAUGGUAGUUGUAAUGCUUUAUUUGAAAAUUGCUUGAAAAUAGAUCAUAAUCCUUAUCAUUUAUUGAUAUUAUUAAUACCAAGUACCUAUCUUGGUUUAGCUAAUCCUCCCAACAACUCCACGAGGUUCAUGUUAUAUCCCUUUUUAUACAGGAGGAAACUCUGAGGCUCAUACAGAUUUCUUAGCUGAGAUUAAGUGAAGAAUAGAACCAGGUUUUCAUGUCAGGUCUGUCUGAUUCCAAAGCCAGCAUUCUUCAUCACUGUGUUCUGCUUUACCUAAGCAUUUGGAAAGUAGGUAUUUCUGACCCCACCUUCCUGCUACAGGGAACAAGUCAAGUUCUGCUUCAGAUCAGCUCACAGCAGAAAAAUUGAUUUGUGUGUGCCCAUCUCCAAACUAGUGCUUAUCAGAUUAUAGAUGCUUAAGAACGUCAGCAAGGUACCUUAACCUAUCAAAUUGAAUUAUAGAUAAGAAAAUGAAGUUAAAAAUGUAAAUAUUGGUUUAAAGACAUUUAUGUCAUGUGCAGUCAGUCGAUGGGCAAACACAAAGAAUUGAUUGAUUUUGGCUCUUCUUUCUUUGUUGUAUGGUUAGAGGACUGGUAAUUAAGAGAUCCUGUUGGAGGGUAGUAGAAGAUUUAAGAGGACAGUGAGAAUUUAUACAUUUUUCUAGAGUGGAGGGUGAUUUACUUUCAAGUGGAGAAGAAAAAGCUGUGAAUUGAGGUAUUUUUUACAUGCAUGUCUGCCUGGUUUUUCUUUACAUGAUGUAUGGAAGUUCUGGGGGGGUUUUUUUGUUUGUUUUUCCUCUUUCUUUAACCAAGUAGGACUUCCUCUGAAGGAUCUUUUGUCCUCAGAGAACUUUUGAAUCAAGGCAUCAUUGUAGAGAAAAAGAAAGAUCAGCAAGAUGGAUACCUUCUUAGUUAACUAUCCAUCAAUGUUUAUAUGUUGAGAUAAAUGUGAAUGUUAAAUUAUUAGAUGAUUUGUUUAUUCAAUGACUGUUGACUUAUAUUCCAGACUCUCUAUUGGGACAGGGGAUAAGACAGACCCAGUGACUUCCUCAGAGACCUCUCAAUUGUUGACCCAGCAAAGAGUAAAGACUCUAAUUUUACAUAUGACAACAAGAGUAAUAAUAUAAAAGUUGACCCACAUUUAUUAAGACCUUAUUAGAUGCUAGGUCUUAAUGCUAAGUAUCUUAAAUAUAUUAUAGAAUUUUAUCUUUAUAACAACCUUUUGUGAGAGAUCCUUCUGUCUUGGUUCUUAUUUAUCAGAUGAACAAAAAACCUGAGACAAUUAGAGGCAGCAACUUCUCCAGGAUCAUACUUGGUAACCUUGCUACUGUGAUCCAUCCAUUAAAAGUAUACGUAUAUGACUUUAGUAUGUUCCAUGUGAAAGUGAAAGACUUUCUUUAGAGAUUAGUUUUCCAAAACUUCUUGAAAAAUAGCGUUCUGUCUGCCUGUUCUGACUUUGUCACGUAGACUUUGGUCUGAAUCAAAGAUGUGCCAUUUUCUUAUUGGUUGACCUUAGGCAAGUUACUUAACCUCUCAGAGCCUCUGUACCUUUACCCAUAAAAUGGGGAUUAAAACCACAUUUUGCAUGUAUAUGUAAAGCACAGGACCCUAAAAUCUUAGUUCCCAUUUCUUUUCCUCUUAUUUUUCCAUGAAAUGAAAGAUAGUACUGAAUUUUUCAGCUUGACUACCAACAAUUUGCUUGUAAACAACUUGAGGAGUUCCAGCAACUUAAGAAGUCCAGUUGUGAUACUGGAGAGUAAACGUUGGACUUGAAAUUGGAAGUCUUGUAUUUAGGUUGCUACUUUGUGGUCCAUUUCUUAUUUUAAGAGGGAUGGAAAUAUUUUCAUCUAAUAAUUAACCCAUGACUUUUUAUUACUUCUUGAUGCUUGAAAGGGCUACCGACUCCGCAGUCAGGCGAAGAGCAAUAAUCAACCUUUGGGUGUUCCAUUUGGAUAGUGGGAGUCAGUUGCAUAAUAGGAAUAAUGCUGUUUCUAUCUCUUUAGCUAAACUAAACAGCCUUGAUUCUAGAUAAAAGCUUUCCUCACAGAUAAGCUUCUGGAGUGCCCAGUUUGACUUUAUAAUUUCGUAACAUUUGGUUACCCCCAUGAGGUCUUUUGAAGGUACAUGAUUGUUUAUCUAGUGGUUAAAGUAAGUACAUGACUAUGAAAUCUUUGUUGUUGAUUAAACGAAGAUGUCAUAUGACAGUGUGGAUUUUUUGAGGGUAUUGUUCCGUUUAGCUGUGCUGAAAAACUAGAUUUAAAGUAACAACUGACUACAGUGAAGUUGUGUAAUACCAUAUUAAUUUAACAUUUCCAUGUGCAUCAAUCCAUUUGAUGAUAUACCUAUAUGAAUCAUAAUUAGAAGUAUGUAACACUUUCUAAAAUAUAAUUCUGGAGAAAUUGUUAAAAAAAUCAAGUUUUUUAAAAUUUGGAAAUUUAAUUUUGGUCCUAUAUGGACUGAAAGAAGUUGUUAUUGAAAGAAAUCAAUGGUGAAAUUUUUGGUGAGGUGAAUGAUCAAGUCCUAAUUUAUUUGAGUUUGCAUAAAUGGACUUUAUUUGGUUAUGCCAUAUUUAUGGGAAAGAUACAAAAAAGAUUAAUUUAUUUCUAUCUUGGUAUAUAAUGGUUUGCAACUGCAUAAUAAUCCUUAAACAAUGACUUUUUUUUUUUUGCUGUGAAAGAUUUGCCCUGAGCUAACAUCUGUUGCCAAUCUUCCUCCUUUUUUUUUUCUUUUCUCCCCAAAGCCCCAGUACAUAAUUGUAUAUUCUAGUGGUAAUGACUUUCUUUUUAUAAGGUCUAUGCUAUGUUAAAAUGAAUCCGGGCCCUAAUUUUUAACAUAAAAAUCAGCUAACAAUUAUCAAGUGCUUACUAUAUGCUAGACAUUGCACUAAGAGCUUAAUGUGUGUUUUACUUUUGUAGCAACUCAGAGAUGGGUGCUAAGAUGCUUGUUUUACAGCUGGAGAAAUGCAGGCAGAGAAAGGUGAGAUCUUGCCAAAGUUGCAGAUUUGGAAGGUGAUGGAAGCAGCAUGUGGACCCACUCACAUUCCCUUAACCGCUGGGCUGCCGUUGCUUCUACGGAAAAAAACAAAAGCGAAGGCACCACUUCCUCCAGCUGAGACCAAAUACCUUGAUGCCUCUUCAGUUGAUGAUUCUAUAGAAUCCUCUGCUUUUAUCAUGGAACAGAAAGAAAACAUGGUAGAUAAAGACGUUGAACUCUCAGUGGUUCUGCCUGGGGAUGUUAUCAAAUCUACUACCGUUCAUGGCAGUAAACCUAUGAUGGACCUGUUGAUAUUCCUCUGUGCACAAUAUCACUUAAAUCCAUCAAGUUACACAAUUGAUCUGCUGUCAGCUGAAAAGAACCCCAUUAAAUUUAAACCAAACACACCAAUAGGAAUGUUGGAGGUGGAGAAAGUAAUUUUAAAGCCAAAAAUUUUGGAUAAGAAAAAACCUAUACCUAUAAUACCGGAGAAAACUGUGAGAGUAGUGAUCAACUUUAAAAAAACGCAGAAGACGAUAGUGAGAGUUAGCCCACAUGCACCACUUCAAGAACUUGCCCCCAUUAUAUGCAGCAAAUGUGAGUUCGAUCCGUUACAUACACUGUUGUUGAAGGAUUAUCAAUCUCAGGAGCCCCUCGAUAUGACGAAAUCUCUUAAUGACCUGGGACUAAGAGAAUUGUAUGCCAUGGAUGUCAACAGAGCCACUUCUGUUACUGCCUUCAGUAAGUCAUCUUUACAAGAGUCCUGCCAAAUAUCACAAAACCUCGACAUUAUGAAGGAGAAAGAAAAUAAAGGGUUUUUCAGCUUUUUUCAACGCAGUAAGAAAAAGCGGGAGCAAACUGCAAGUGCCCCUGCAACCCCUCUAGUAAGUAAGCAUCGCCCAACUUUUAUGAGGUCCAAUACCAUUUCCAAAACUUAUGUUUCAAACACCCUGCCGUCGGAUGCACCCAAGAAGAGGCGCGCUCCAUUGCCUCCCAUGCCAGGGUCACAGAGUGUCCCCCAGGACCUUGCUCACAUCCAGGAAAGGCCAGCUUCUUGUGUAGUGAAGUCGAUGAGUGUGGAUGAAUCACAUAAGGGUCCCUGUGGAGCAGGCAUAGUGAGGACAGGCUCGCUGCAGCUCAGUAGCACAUCUGUUGGGAAUUCAUCGUUGAAAAGGACCAAGCGAAAAGCACCUUCCCCACCCUCUAAGAUGUCCCUGCAUCAAAGUGAUGAAAACAGUCCUGUGACUGCCCUGGAGUCAGUCCAUGCAGUUCCUACUGACAGUGUUUCUGAAGCAGACUCUCCUGAGGGUCUGUCCAGCCCAGAUUUUGCUUCCUUGGCAGAAGCCUCCCUUGGCCUCGCGCUCCCCAGUCACGAGCAGUGCUCUGUGCCCACACUGACGGAGGAAACCUCUCUCUCGGAGUGCCCUGGAACGCCCGAGGCAGCCGUGGCCUCUCUGACAUCUGGCAUAAGCUCUGAUUAUAGCCUCGAAGAGAUAGAUGAAAAGGAAGAACUGAGGGAAGUGCCUAAAGAUGAGGCUGAAAAUAUUUCUCUGAAGUCACAAGAUAUUCCGUGCGGGUCUACUGAUAGAACAAAUACACUGAAAAAUGAUGCCGACGCAGCCCUGGGCAAUGGCACUGGCGGGUCCUCACCAAACUCCGCAGAAGAAAAACAAGAAGCUGGAAACGCAGAUGGACAGGGACCACACGUUAUGGUAUAUAAUGCAAGCAAUGAAGAGAAGGUAGUUGACAGUGUAAGAAACUUGAAGUCAUUGGGCCCAAACCAAGAGAAUGUAGAUGAAAAUGAAAUAGUUGUCAUUCCAAUGAACACAGAAGAUAAUAUGAAAAAUGGAGUGUGGAGAAAAGAAAUCAAUGCAGGAGGUGUUGCCAAAAAUAACAAUGUGGACAUGGAAGUUGACAGACUAUCAAACUAUGAGGCACAUAAAACUGAUGGUGCUAGAAGUUACAAGGAAAAUCAUCCAGCUGCUUCAUUAGUACCAGAUCAAAAACUGAAUCAACCCAGUGCAGAAAAGACAAAAAUGCAAGAUGCAGCAAUUCAGACAACGCCUUCCUGUACCAGUUUUGAUGGGAAUCACCAAGAUCAUAAUUUGUCUGACUUCAAAGUUGAUGAAAGCGUGCAAACUUCAAGUAACAACAAAUCAACUCAACACUCACCUUUAAGUCCACAAGAUUCUAUAGAUCUCUCAAGAGAAUUCAGGAGUCAGGGCCCUCUAACUCUACAUUCAGAAGAUCAACUCACCAUCAAAGAUCCAAUUUGUGCACAAAGUAAUGAUGGUCUUUUGUCUCCUGUCGAUGGGAUUGAUAAAAAUUCAACUGCAUCUUAUAUAAAGAAUUAUCCACAUUACAGACAAGACUACAAUCCCAAGCCAAAACCUUCAAAUGAAAUUACAAGAGAGUACAUACCCAAAAUUGGGAUGACUACUUAUAAAAUAGUGCCUCCCAAAUCCCUGGAAAUAUUGAAAGAUUGGGAAUCAGAAACCAUAGGGUAUAAGGAUGAUCAGGACAGACAUACUUUAGGAAAAAAGCACCCUCAUGAGAAUGUGAGAGAAACGGCAAUGCAAACAGAAGAUCUUAUUUCUGAAAGCUCAAAGGAGCCACAGGCAGCCCUUAGACAGAAGCCUGCCCCGAGAACAGAGCAUCAGGUGCACAGUAUGGAGAGCUCACCCCACAGCACCACGGCGAACCCUCUGAAACUUACUCCCAGAAUGACAAGAGACACUGGCACAGCUCCUUUUGCACCGAAUUUGGAAGAUAUAAACAACAUUUUGGAGUCAAAACUUAAAUCUCGGGUUUCAAAUCCCCAGACCAAACCAAGUUCUUUUUUCUUGCAGAUGCAAAAAAGAGUUUCCGGUCACUAUGUGACAUCUGCAGCUGCCAAGAGUAUCCAUGCUGCCCCUAAUCCUACUCCAAAGGAACAAAUAAAGAAAGAGGUGGAAAGAGAUAUGAUACCUCCUCCAGAGCAAACUCUUUCUCCCUUAAGUAAAACAGCUCACUCUCCACAGCCCCACACUAAAAACACUGAUGAUGACAUCCUCAGUAAGAAGCCCCCUGAAACCUCUCCUCCUCCCGUAGCUCCGAAACCUACUCCUCUUCCCACGAGUCAAUUAGCUGCACUAAAUCUGAAGACUUUGAAAACUUUUGGUGCCCCACGACCUUACUCCAGCUCUGCUCCUUCACCGUUUGCCCUCGCUGUAGUGAAACGGUCACAGUCUUUCAGCAAAUCACGCACAGAGUCGUGCAGUGAGGGUGCAUUGGACCAACCUCCAGCUGACACAGAGGAAGGGAAGACUCCUUCUGUAGAUAAAUUUGUGGACAUCCCACAACUAGGUGUGAGUGAUAAGGAAAAUAACUCUGCACAUAAUGAACAGAAUUCCCAAAUACCAUCUCUGACUGACUGCCCAUCAUUCACCCUUAAGAGACAAAGUUCUUUACCAUUCCAAAGCUCUGACCCAGAACAGGUCCGGCAGAGUUUGCUGACGGCAAUCCGUUCUGGAGAGGCUGCUGCCAAAUUGAAAAGGGUGACUGUUCCAUCAAAUACAAUAUCUGUGAACGGGAGGUCAGGACUCAGCCGUUCCAUGUCCUCUGAUGCCCAGGACGCCCAUUAAAUGUUGCCCUGCCCUUCUCCACCUCCACUUCACAGAACAGCUUCAUACUGAUGGAGAAUGUCGGCAAAUGUAUAUUCAGAUGUACACUAAUAUAUUAUCUAUUAAAGUGUAAGAAUUUGUGCUGUGGCUUUUAAUGCCAAAAGAAAGAAUUACAAGAGUUUAUAAUUUAUAAUAAUAUUUUUGGCCUUUUUUGCCUUAAGAGCUGAGUAUGCUGCUUUAGAUCUUUAAGACAAGGUGUUAAUGACUUUCAUUUUUUUCAAAUGAGAAAUAGUCACCUUUUGUUGAUUCCACUUACUUAUUGACACAUUCUCUACAAUGGUGACUUAGACAAAAGGAUAAAUUAAGAUUCAUAGACGUAUAUUUGUAUGUCAUAUAAAUAACUAGGCAAACAUAGAUUGACGUGGGCUGCGUCAAUGUCGCAGUUUAAUUGGAAACGUUUAUAAGUUAUAUUAAAGCCUGUUUUGUGCUGAAAGUAGGAUCUAGAAAACUAAUGAUAUCAAAUAAGUAUAUUCAGUUCCACAGUUAAUUUCAGUGAUGAAUCACUUAGCGUGCAAGUCUUAUCUUGCACAUUCUUUAUGUAAUCACAAGAUCAGUGUCAAAUUUAUAGGACGCUCAUAAUAUUUUAAUAUUUUAUCAACGUGGAACACUUGGUUUUUUAAUCUUUAGAACUUAAGUUGCACAAAGAGAAUUUUAAAUAUUUUCUGUAUAUAAUUAUGACAUUAUUGUCACACAGAUAUUACACAUUUUAUGUGCCAGAAGCCUUAAAAAUCUUCCUGUGAAAAUGUUGAUAUAUUGUGACAACUGUUUCACAUUCAAUAUGUAGAGAGGAAUAGGGGUUAGUUUAUGUCCAUAUUGGAAAACUUUAAAGACUACUUGGAGGUUCCAGAAAUCCUGGUUUUACUUAAAAUAAAAUGAUAAAGUUAUUAUGUAGUUCGGAUGCUAAUAUUCUAAAUAAUAAUAUAUAUUUACAUUAAAGCUAAAACUGUUCAGCAAAACGAUGCCUAAUUUGUUGUUCUGGGGUCUAGAGCUUGUUGAUGUUCUAUUCCUACUUUAAGAAUUUAAUUGCUCACUUAUUCUAAAAGCUUUGUCAAACAAGCUGAUGUUAAGCUGGUUUUCAUUAAAGCUACUGGGAUAUCUGUCUCUUUGGAAAAUGUGUUGAUUCUUUUGCCCUGUUUAAUAAAAGCAAGUUAUAUAUUUGG